CACGCGCGCCCCUCAGCGAACUGACGUCACGGGUUUAGAAUGUCGACACGGGCCCCGAAUUCACGGGAAAGCGUCUCACCGGGAUGAAGUCGGUGCUAAAACCGAAAAACUCCUAAACUUUACGAACGCAACACGUCGAAUGCAUGGCGAAAUGAGAGUCGACUCAGUCCGGCUGUAGACGUGGUGGAAUAGAGCCAGCACUUUGAGGAGGAGUGGAAGCCUGUUAUGUCCAGUCCUACCUGGCUGCCUCCGAGAACUCUGAGUAGCCCUGAGAGACCUACAGCACAGAUGGCACACUCUGGACCUACUUUCUACAGACCACCCAAAAAAGGUCCACCUGACCAGAGAGCUAAAUACGGUGUGUAUGAUCAAAAUGGAGCAGCAGGAGGAAACGGUGUACCCUCGAGGUACAUUGCCACUGGACCCUCAGGUGGAAGCAUGCAUCAUCAGCUCCAAGAUGGUUAUUCAGGGCCAUCAUCCUAUCCAGAGCACUAUUAUCCUUCAGGGCAUGGACCAAAAGACGACCAUCUCUUCUGGAGCGCUCACAUGACUAGCUAUGAUCACCAUACACGUGGGCCUGAUAAACACCUCACUAAUAUUGAUGCAGAGAUAGAUUCUCUCACAUGCAUGCUGGCUGACAUGGACAGCCAUCCUCAGAACACAAGCACACAGAUAUACGACAAUGUGCCUUACAACAAGCAUCUCCACAGCGAGCGCUACAAACCAUCCAACCAGACAAGUGCUCUGUCCCAGACUAGACCAUCCAUAGGUUACCCCCCUCAUCCCUCAAGCCAGCACCAUCCUUCUCCACCUUAUGCAUCCACUCCAAAGCCUGAAUACGCUUAUCCGUCUCCAUCAUCCUCCACCCACAAACCAUACCCCCAGCCAGUGCCAGCCUCCUACACCACUGCUUCUACGCCGAGUGGGCCUCGCUUUACCGUGCAGGUCAAAACUGCCCAGCCUGUCACUUAUUCUCAAAGUGGGAGACAGGCAGAGCAGGCCUACACACCGCCGCCUCCUCGACAACACGCUACUUGCCCCACCCCACAGGAUCGUCCACAUUACUCAGAGGUCCCAGGGCAAGCACAGGGCUGGUACCCACCACCGCCUCCUCCAGCCCAGCAGGCCUAUGGUGACCCGGCAGCAUAUAAGGCAGGCUCCAGUGGUGUUCAGCUGCCAAGCAGAGGACAAGGAUCAUCAGGAAAGAAGGGACAAGAGCAAAGCUAUCAGGUUAGUAAGCUGUCCAUGUCCUACUACCAGGGAACUGCGCCAAGGCCAGAAGAGGAGUUGGAUCGUCUGACUAAGAAGUUGGUGUAUGACAUGAAUCAUCCUCCCACAGAGGAAUACUUCGGCCGAUGUGCCAGGUGUGGAGACAACGUGCUUGGUGAUGGGAGUGGCUGUAUUGCUAUGGAGCAGGUGUUCCAUGUGGAGUGUUUCACAUGCAUCACUUGCCAUGCCCAACUCAGAGGCAAGCCUUUCUAUGCACUGGACAAAAAGAGCUACUGUGAGAGCUGUUACAUUAGCACAUUGGAGCGCUGCUCGAAGUGUUCAAAACCGAUCCUAGACCGGAUCUUGCGAGCAAUGGGGAAGGCGUAUCACCCACGCUGCUUCACCUGCGUAGUCUGCGGCUGCUGCCUCGAUGGCGUCCCCUUUACUGUGGACGCCACUUCACAGAUUCACUGCAUUGAAGACUUCCACCGGAAGUUUGCCCCAAGAUGCUCUGUGUGUGGGGAACCCAUAAUGCCUGAGCCGGGUCAGGAGGAGACGGUGAGAAUUGUGGCUUUGGAUCGCAGUUUCCAUGUCAACUGCUACAUUUGUGAGGAGUGUGGUUUGCUGCUCUCUUCUGAAGGAGAGGGUCGAGGGUGCUACCCUCUGGACGGUCACAUUUUGUGCAAGAGCUGCAGUGCCAGAAGAAUCCAGGAUCUCUCUGCCAAAAUCUCCACUGACUGCUAACAACAACCUUUUGUUCUCUUUCUCUGCUUUUGGCUUUAUGCUUUUUUAUUUUGGACCUUUUAAGGGAUAUUCAGAAAAAUGCUCCUAGUGGGGCUAAACUAUUUAGCCCCUUCUUUUUGUUUCCCCCAUUAUAUUAGCAGGCAAUUAGACAAUGAAAUACAUUCACAUACACUAUAGCUCAUUCUACAUACUCAGGGUUUAUAGUUAAACAGAGCCGUGAAAUAUGAAUGAAGUCUUUUUUGCAUAGGCCACUUUAAGAGGGCAAGAAAUAUUCUUCACUUUAAUGAACACGAUGUUGCGUUUUCCUGCAGUGAUGACUAUUAAUUGUGAGUAGCCUCUGUGUGCAUGUGUACAAGUUUGCUGAUUUCUCUAAACAGGUGAAAGGGCAUGAUCAGGGUUUUUUUUCUUUCAACUUUACUUUAUAGUUGUGGCACUGAGAUUCUGUACUGUAGGCAACAUAAUUGUAUUUGAUUAUGCUAACUAAUCAAAAUUAAAAUAACCCACCAAAAAUCAUAAGGGUAAUGAGUAGAACUUCACUAAAAUUCACUUAUUCACGUCCUCUAGUCCCUAGAUCUCUUUUUGUUGAUCAUCUUUCCUACAAACAGGAAGAUGCUUAACUUAACUACACAUUUAAAAUGAAUUCCACACCUUCUGCUGGUCUCUGUAGGAAAUGUUGGACAUCACUAGUAGAUCAACAUAAAUAGAUCAAUUAACAUUAGAACUGUUUACUGUUAUUGAAGAACAUCAACAUGCUGGUUUGUUCCUGAGAAUGAAGACCAAUGUGUGUUUAAUGUAGAUCUAUACCACAAUAGGCUCUUUGUCGAGAGACUUUUUUUUCCUCCCUCUGCCUACCCCUCUGCUCCUCCCUAACCACAUCAGUUUAGCAUGAUGUCACAGUGUUUAAGCCUGAAUAAAUGAAGGAUCUGUAAUGGGAUAUUUUUGUAAGAUUCAGAUGUUGAGCUUUAUGAAUGGAUAACCUUACUGUAUGCAGUAUCCCAUGCAGUGUGAUGUGAAUAUGAAAUUGGUACAUUAGUAGUAAAGUUGCUGUAAAGGGAUUGAGAUUUGUAGGUAAAGUGUGUAGUGAGACGAAAGAUAUAAAAUGAAACAAAUGAGAUGUGGUCUGUAGCUUAGUGCCUCUUUAAAAAAGUUGCCACAUGCAGCCCUUAGGGAAGAUAGUGUUAUCAUUCUAGAUCAAAAUCAUUUUGGAUUUAAAGAAAACUUACUUCUAAUGGGUGUGUUCAUUUUUAGAAGCACCUAAAUCAACAAAGAGCACCUUGCUACCUUCAGGUAAAUGAGCUUUAGGCCUUUUUUUGUCUACUUUGAAUGCUGCAGUUUUUUUUCUCUUUUUUUCUUUUUAAUUUUGUUAUUGACAAGCUUUUAUCUUUUGCCAACAGUUGUUAGUAAAAUGCCCACUUUAUUGUUUGAGUUGUCAUUUUUCCCUUUCUACUGGUUAAAAUAAAUUGAUGGACUUUUGUAUUCUUACAGUGAAA